AUUGCACGUUCGAAUAUUUUCUUACAUUGAAUUAUUAUUUUCGCAGAAAUAUAUACAAACGUUUAUGAUGACAAAUAAAUUAAAAAUUUACAUAAAAAUAUUCCUAUAAAAUUAUAUAAAUACUUUUACGUAACAUUCCACCUUAGCAAUUUUGUGUUUCUAUGUUGAAGAUAACCUAAAUAACAAUUAUCCAGAUUUUUAUAAAGUUUUUUUAAUAAGCAUUUAGAAUAUUUGAAGAAAAUUCACUUUCUUUCACUGAAUUGCAUAUAUAGAUUCGUUUACAUCCCAACACUAAAGCAAAAGGAUAUAUUUAUUGCUAAAUAGAAAAAACUGCCGCUAACUAUAAUUUUAUACAAUAAAUAAUCAUAUACUAUCAAAAAUGAAAGUCUUAUAUACAUCCUUAUUUGUCGUUUCCACGUUAUUCGUCUCUUAUUCGGAAGCAGCUGCCUUCAUCAAAUAUAUGAAUGAUUUUGUACAUAGCAGAUAUAUUAUGGAUGAAGAAUACGCAAAAACCCACCAUAAAAGGGUUCCCUACCCGAGAGAUGCAAUAAUGAAUGCAAAAUAUGGCCAUAAAAGAAAAAUCAAAGGGAUAACAUUAAAAUCCAAAAAAAAAGAGGAUAAAUCCUCACGUUAUGAAUCAGACUCAGAUGAUAAACCAUAUAGAAAAGUUGAAUCACCCUCAGAAGGUGCAUCACCAUCAGAAGGUGCAUCACACUCAGAAGAUGCACCAACCCAAGAAAGUACACCUGAGCCCUCAAGUCCCCCAGCCCCAGUGGAAGAACCCGCACCCGCAGAAAAACCUGCACAAGAAAAUAAACCCGCUGCACCGAAAAAGCCUGCUGCACCGAAAAAGAAAGCCGCACCGAAAAAGAAAGCCGCACCGAAAAAGCCUGCUGCACCGAAAAAGCCCGCUGCACCAGCAAAUCCUGAAAAUGUCGAAAAUAACUAAAAUGACAAGUGAUUCACUGAGAGAAAACGCUGCAUAA